AUGACUAUGAGCACAGUUAUAUGUAUUGGUAUGGCCGGGUCUGGUAAAACCACUUUCAUGCAAAGAUUAAAUUCUCAUCUCCGUACCAAAAAGACACCACCAUACGUAAUCAAUUUAGAUCCAGCUGUGUUAAAGAUUCCAUAUGGUGCUAAUAUUGAUAUUCGUGAUUCAAUCAAAUAUAAGAAAGUUAUGGAAAAUUACCAAUUAGGGCCAAACGGUGCCAUUGUAACAAGUUUAAAUCUUUUCAGUACUAAGAUUGAUCAAGUGAUCAAAUUAGUUGAAAAGAAAAAGGAAAAAUAUAAUCAUUGUAUCAUUGAUACGCCGGGACAAAUUGAAUGUUUCGUAUGGAGUGCAUCAGGUGCUAUUAUAACUGAAUCGUUUGCUUCAACUUUCCCAACUGUGAUUGCUUAUAUUGUUGAUACACCUAGAAAUACUUCUCCGACUACUUUCAUGAGUAAUAUGUUGUAUGCUUGUUCCAUAUUGUAUAAGACAAAAUUACCUAUGAUUGUUGUUUUCAAUAAGAAUGAUGUUACUAAUGCUGAUUUUGCAAAAGAUUGGAUGACUGAUUUUGAAUCCUUCCAAAGGGCUGUUAGAGAUGAUCAAGAACUAAAUGGUGAUUUAGGAAUGGGAUCAGGAUACAUGAGUUCUUUAAUUAAUUCUAUGUCUUUAAUGUUAGAAGAAUUUUAUUCUCAACUAGAUAUGGUUAGUGUUUCAAGUUUUACUGGUGAAGGAUUUGAUGAUUUCUUAACUGCUGUGGAUAAUAAAGUAGAUGAAUAUGAGGAAUAUUAUAAGGCAGAAAGGGAAAGAAUUUUAAAGGCUAAAGAAGAAAAGGAAAAAUUGAGAAAGGAUAAAUCAAUUAAUGGAUUGAUGAAAGAUCUUGGGUUGAAUGAUAAAAAGGAUGGUAAUGAAAGUGAUGCUAGUGCAGAAGUAAUAAGCGAUAUAGAGGCAGGUGAUGGUGAUGGAUUAGUUGAUCGUGAUGAAGACGAAGGUGUUGAAAGAGAAUACACAUUUCCUGGUGAAGAAAGAACACAAGGUGAAAUCACUGAAAAAGAUACACCAGGCCUGCAAAAAAGGUACCAGGAAGCACUUGAAAGCGUUGCCAAGACAGCAAGCAGUGAAACAGCUGAGAAUAUAGCACGUCAUCUCAAAUAA